CUGAAGAAGGUUGUUGGGUCGUCGCGACAGUGAUUGUAAACAGAUGAUAAAGCAUAAUAACAUGCUAAACAACAUUCUUAGAAUCGAUUUUCACAUGCUACUUCCAGGUACAUCUCUGAGCCAUUGAUUGAGCAUCAGGAGAAAUGGAGGGGGAUUUGAUGGAUGAAGUGUAUGGUGACCUCAGCCAAGACCACCAUAACACCACAGCAGCUUUCAAUGAAGAUUCUGUGGAUAUUUAUUUUGGUUUAGAAAGUCCAAAGAUGAAUUCAAAUUCAGAAAGGAACUACACACUCCUCUCACCACAGAAUCUGAAAUAUAUGGACUUAUAUGAAGAAAUCAUAACAGAGGAACAGCAGGAUAGAGAGUCUUCCUACAAUGAGUUGAGGACAAGAUUCAAUGCAGCACAAAGCCAAGUUGAUGAGUUAAUGAGAAGGUUGCAGCAGACUGAAACACAGAAUACAACGCUGAACACCGAGAACAGCCGCCUGAAGAAGAACAUCUGUGCGCUCAUUAAAACAGCUAAAAUGGAGGUUGUGCGGAAGGACGAGGAGAUAAAUAGGUUGAGCCAAAGUUUCAGGCCAAGGAGGGGUCCUGUAGUUCACCAUCAAUCUCAGAUGAACUGCCUGAGAAAUCAAAUUCCAACCAGACAGAAUCCUACGGAGCAGUCACAACCUAGCCAACCACAAGUUCCGACCAGACUGAAUCCUACGGGGCCGUCUCAACUUAGCCAACCACUAAUUCCAACUAGACAGAAUCUUACAGGGCAGCCUCCACCAAGCCAACCACCGGGUCCUAGAAAGGAUUGUGUUGUAAAGGAUCUUAGCCAGCUCCUCUGUAAAGACAGAGAUGUGGUCCACCCCCUUCUCCCUCCAACCCCCUCUGAUGCAACAGUUUUCCGACCACCUCUUCUUGAUGCAACAGUUCUCAGACCACCUCUUCCUGUCACUUCAAAGACAGCUAGAGGAGAUUCAGAAGCUCUCGUGAAACGCACUGUUAGUAGUUCCAGCCAGGACUCUGUGAUUAGACACCCUACACGUGAACUUGGCCCGUCAGACGAGCCGAAACAAACCAAACACCGAGAAGGCGGAGGUGAAAAUCCCAGGCUGCCCGACUCAAAGGAGCAGCGGAAAUGUAACUCCAAGUCAAGCAAAUACCCUCGUCUCUCAGAUCUUGAAGUAUGCAGGAGAUCAGAGCGGGCUAAAAAUCCAACCUCGGACAUUUUGCAUUGCAGUGCUUCCUCUAACCGCACUUCUGAAGGAUUGUCUAAAGAUUGUGCAGCCUAUCAAUCAAAAGGUUCUAGUCGGCAUUAUAAGGAGCUCAGGCGUGAUAAGGAUGAUGAUAAUAGGCAUAGUAGAAGUACUAAAGACAUUUCCUCUAACAGAAAGCACGCCUAUUUGAAUCAAGCCAGUGUCACUGAACGAUCCAGUGAAUCUUUUAAUCGCAAGGGAGGGACAAGUCCUCCAAGGGACCAUCGAAGGAAAGAGGAGAGAAGAAGAGAGGAUGAGAUCAGAAAAGAAAAGAAUAGAUCAAAAAAAUCAGGAGAAAGAAAAAGCACUUGUACAGAGAGAAGAAGAACAAAGGAAAGUGACCGAUGCAGUACGGACGUAAGUAAGGACAAGACAAUGAACAACAGUAAAGUCGGGGGGCAAAAGACAGAUGAGAAGUCUGAAUUGCUUCCAUCUGAGGCUAAAGUGGCUGAGAAAAGCUCUGUAGAGGAAAACGGUCCAAACAGAAAGUUAAGUUUCAUGGAAACUCUGAAUCUUACCCUGUCACCAGUUAAAAAACCAAGACAGCCUGCUGAAACCAAGGAACAGGAGGGCACACCACCUGAGGAAGUUCCUGACGACCAGUCAGCGGAAGACAGCGGACAGCCUGAUCUAGACGAAUUAAUAAUCUUAGACGAAAUCAACAGUAGUGUGGUACAGUCCUCUUCAGAAAUCCCAAUGCCUUCAGAACCUGAAAGUAUUAACCUUAGACAUACAGACAAAGAACCUUGUCAGGAUGCUAGCAAAGGUCUGGCUGAGGCCACAGUGGCCAAAAAGCAACCUAAGUGCCAGUUAGAAGUGGAAGACACUAUUGUCCAAGAUGUCUCAGAAGGUAGGCCUGAGCUGCCGGAGGCCACAGUGGAUCAGAGGACUGAACCCACCACACCAGAACCUCUCAGGAAGGUUUGUGUUUCAGCUCGAGACUGUGACAUUGUUUUGAGAACUCCACUGAAAAGCAGACCUGAACAAUGUGCCUCUGCAAAUAAAAUUUGUGAGUCUGAGGAUUUUACUGCUGCUGCUGUCACUGCUACUACUGUUACUGGGAAUUGUGGAAACAAUUCAAAUAAUGACACUGGCCUAUCUUCUAACGGAUUUACCCCUGACCAUUCAAUGGAAAAUGAAACUCCCAGUGCUUUGGUCUGUAAAAGUCAAGCUGUUGAAACUGUGACACAAGUUCCACCUGCUGCUGCUGUUAUUUCAAGUUCUAGUCUAGAUGUGACGGCAGAGGUGCAAGAUAUUUCCAAGCAUGGUGUUUCCAGUACGAUUAGCAUGGAGGUAAUUCCAGAGAUCUGCAUUACAUCUGAGAUCGUUAAUGAUGUCACAGAGAUACCUCUGGAGUGUGUGAAAGAGAAAGCUGUUGUGGAACAAAGUUCACCGUUGAGCAGUAUUGCUGUGUCUAAGGUGAGCAGCACAACAGGAGAGGUUGCACCAUCAGCACAGCACAACAGUGGUUUGUCACAAACACCAAAGAAGUCCCUCAAUUCUGAGCCAAGUUACACAGAGAAUGAGGACGUGAAUGUUGAGCCCUCUAGCUCCAUUCCAUUGGCCCAUGAUGAGGACUCGAUGAGGCUUACACUGAGCAGCCUUAAAGGUAUUCCAGAUGCCAUCAGCCCACUCACAAGCCCAGUCCGUCCAAUGAGGAAAAGCCAUCAGCCGCCAUGUCACAGCAAACCUGCUUACGUCAAAAGUCUUCGCAAAGAGUUGACCAGUGCUGCUGGGGAUCCCAAUUCAAAGAAGUUGGAUGUGAAUAUGGAGAACAAGAAUCCUGGCCGCUCCAUUGCAAGUGCUACACAACAAGAUGUGGAUCGGGCUUCUGUCCGUUCUUCCAGCCCUGAGGAUGAAUUGGAAGAGGGAGAAAUUCUUAGUGAAGGGGAAGAACCUCCAAUCACGCCAAGUUCUCCAGCCAAAACGGUUAGGCCCACAAGCACUGUUAAAAGUCAACAAAUUCCCAAGUCAUCCCCUAGACUUUCCAAGAAGUCGCCUGAAGAGCAAGGGAAUUCUAAACUCCUAAGUAAAACCUUGAGUUCACCAGUUGGAAGCCCCAUGUCAAAAGCUCGCUAUAAAACUGUUCAACCUCCGUUACCCAAAGCUGCCUUGUGUACCGUGGAGGAGGUUAUGGCCAUGUUUGUUAAGAUCCGCUAUGCGUGCAGGAAAAAGUACAUGAAGCUUCGUUCAACCUUCUCUAAGGAACGCUUCUGCGGUGUUAUGGACAUGUCCCUUGACUCUUUUACAGACUUUGUUGAUAGUGUUAGCUUCACUAAACUAUGCAGCCAAGAAGAUGACCUCAAAGUGAAACUGAAGAAUAACAUACUGUCUGUUUUGAGUAAGUUAUCAAAUAAUGGCAUUGUCAACCGCAUCUUUGACCAGGAACCACUUAAUAUGAAGUCGAAGCUGUGGGAAUUUGUGAAUGUGCAGUUAGACUUCUUAUUCAAGGAAAUUCAGACUGCUCUGAGAAGGGUUUGCAAAUCCUCAAAUGGAAACCAGUCUGCAGGAGCUGAAAAAAGGGACUUGAGUCUCUCCAAGCAGCCAGUGAAGUCCCCCAAGCAGCCAGUGAAGUCCCCCAAGCAGCCAGUGAAGUCCCCCAAGCAGCCAGUGAAGUCAUCGGUGUCCACAGCCUCUAAACUUAAAAGACCGCAGGGAGCGGUACAAAAAACGAAUUGUGUGUCCAGAACAUCUGCAAGUAAAAGACCGCAAGAGGAAUUAACAGAGUGUGUUGAACCCAACAUAAAAAGAACCAGGGCUCAGACUCUCCCCCCUUGCAAAACCGGUCUUGGAAGAGGCAAAAAUAUUAAAAUGUCAUUUGAAGAAGAUAAGGAAUCAGAGCCUCAAACCUCAGAUCAUCCUCUUAUGCAACCUCCAAUGCAACCUCCUUUGCAACACGGGUUAGAGAUCUUACCAUCAAACAGCUCUUCAUCUGCUGAGAAAACAGCAGCCUAUGUUCGCCGGCUGUCUCAAAAUGGCUCACUCCAUGACAAGUCUGACUUCGAAAUCCUCACAGAACAGCAAGCCUCCAACCUAACAUUCAACCUGGUGACAGACUCCCAGAUGGGAGAGAUCUUCAAGUGUCUCUUACAAGGGUCUGAUCUGCUAGAAACUAGUGUCUCAGCUGGGGACAAUCAGGGCUGGCCUCUUGGUACUCCUCGGAAAGGAGAGCGCUUCCGAGGCGUUACCACCCCAAGCAAAGUUGGUACCACAACCAAAGUUGGUACUCCCUCUAAAGUCAUUGCCACAUGGUCUUCUAUUUCACCUUGCAAGUUUUCCUCUCCAAAUUCAAAAGUCCAAAUUCCACUAAAUCCAGCUCUGUUAGAUGAGAGUUGCAUGUUAGAGGUGCCCUCCAGCCUACCAGAAGUCAAAAUGACAUCACAGUCCAGUGUGUUCUCGCAGAGAUCUUAUUCCAUUUUGGCAGAAGAUCUGGCUGUCUCCCUCACAAUUCCUUCGCCUCUCAAGUCUGACAAUCACCUCAGCUUCUUGCACCCAGCCAACGUGGAGCCCACGUCUGCUCCAGAUAGUGUCAUCAGUGCACACUUCAGUGAGGAUGCUCUUAUGGAUGGGGAAGAUGCUACAGAGCAGGACAUUCACCUUGCCCUGGACACAGACAACUCCAGCGGUGCGUCAAGCGGUGGUGGCAGGACUAGGGAGGCUCCUGUUAACCCCCUGUUUCACUUCAAGCCUCACUUGCCCAUGCAAGCAGUAGUGAUGGAGAAGUCAAAUGAUCAUUUCAUUGUGAGGAUACGGCAUGCAAACACCAGCCCAGACAUCAACUUCUCCAACCUAGGCAACAACUCCACCAGCCUAGUGGUCAACCCCACAUGCCUAGGAGUUAAAUCAACAAGCCAAGGAGUCAACUCUUCAAGCCCAGGAAGUGUAAAAUCUACCUACCCAGGAAAUAACUCCACCAACCCAGACACAAACUCAAGCUACCCAUGUGUCAACUCCACAAGCCCACAAGUCAACUGCACCAACCCAGGCAUCUACCCCACAAGUGCAGACAUCAAUCCAAGGGCUGUCUCAAGCCCUCAAACACCACCAGGAGAAGAACAACAUGGCAAAGACAAAGCUCAUCCCACAGGAAAAACUCCUUCUAAAACCCAUUUUUCAGAGGCCAGUCCUCCUUUCUACCUUUCCACAAGCACCGAAACAGCAUCUGCGCUAUCUUCACCAUGCCUCACCAUCAUAGAAGACACACCGGAGAGAGACCACAGCAAGGGUAAGACCGGGAAAAAGAGGACAAAGCACCAUGUUGAAAUGAAAGCAAAGCGGCCUAAAAAGGAGGUGAUCCCUGAGAAGAUCAAGCAUAAAAAGAAGUCCUCAAAAAGUGCCAAAGGAAAGGAGACUAGAAGCUCCAGGAGAGAGAGAAGUAAAGUCACUACUCCACCCCAAUCUACCCCAUCACCCAACAGCCUGUCUGCCAAGAAUAUCAUCAUAAAAAAGGGUGCAGUGGUGGUGACUUGGACAAGGGAUGAAGACCGAGAUAUUCUCCUCUCGCUGAAGAUGAAAGGUGCCUCUCCGGGUACUUUCUCUGCCCUAUCGGAGAAGAUGAACAAGACACCCGCUCAGAUUGCAGAGAGAUUUUCUCAGCUGAUGAAGCUUUUUAAGAAGAAGAAGAUGGCAAGUUGACUUUCCAGAAUCGUAGAAUUUUUCUUUAUUCAAUGACGAUUUCAUGUACUAUGCUUUUUUUUUUUAAACUCAGAUGUUACAAGGUCAAUGCUUGAAUUUCCCAGUUGAUGAAUGAGCAGAAGCAGAUCAUCUGAAUUUGAUCCCUGUAAUUGAUGGCCUUGGAACAGAUGAAGGCCAAAUCAACUAGAUCUCAAACUGAAAUGUUUUUUUGUGGGGUGGUCAGUAUGGAUCAGAAUAUCCUUGAGGUAACAUCCACACAGGCUUCAAUGUAUCAUCUCCCCACAGCCUAAAUGAAUAAGCUGUUUUGGUACAUCUGCUGAUUUAGCAGAUUUGUAAGGUAUUUUUUAUUUUUGUUGCGUUAAAUCUAAUCUACCAUAUUGAUCCUGGGCAAUAUCCCAUAUCAACUUCACGACUCUUAAUAUGCCCCAGCAAGUUUAUACCGUAUGUGGAGUUAAACACUGCAGCAAUCAUACAUGUAAUCUGAAGUAAUUGACACAUUUUAGCAGUAAAUGGGGAAUUGUCUCUAAUACUUUUAUGGAGCAUUGCCGCAUGUAAUAAUGUUACUUUUUAUACAACGUCUGGGGGGGGGGGGGGGUGUUUGGAAAUAAAGAUUGGAACUACAAUUCAGGUCACAUUUAUAUCUUAUUUCAUGCUGUAAGGUCACAUGGCAGAAAGUACAUUUUACUGUACAGUAUGUCAACAGUAUUCUAUUUUGGAUAUAUAUUGUACUGACUUCAAGAUGGUCAGUUAAAUUAAUAAAUAAGGCGUACAUGUUCCAUUUUUAUGUACGAUUCAAGGUGGUACGUUUAUAGAAAUUAAGGAUUUUAAAGGGAACAUUUCUUGACAUAGAUUUUUGGUUGGUUGGUUUUGGAUGAGUGACUACCUGGUUAACAAAUGUACACUGUAUAUUGUACAUAUUUUGGUUUUGUAAAUAAAGUGUAUUUAUUUAA